GUGCAGCAUAAAAAGUGUUACUGGUGGUAGAGUUCGGUUAAAGGCGCAAGUGGAGAAUACAUCAGCUUCAAAGCCAGAGGGACUCAAAGGUGCUCCUCAACUUUGGACAGUUCCUGUACUUGAGAUGCAAACAAAGAAGGUCCAAGUCUUCUGGGGAUGCUUCCUCCUGUGGAAUCUCCACAUCUCAUCCUCUCGGACCAUUUACCCCGGAAUCAAGGCAAGAAUUACCCAGCAGGCACUGGACUAUGGUGUUCAAGUUGGAAUGAAGAUGAUUGAGCAAAUGGUAAAGGAAAAGAACAUCCCAGAUAUAAAAGGUUCUGAGUCACUAGAAUUUCUAAAAAUUGAUUAUGUGAACUACAAUUUUUCAAACAUAAAAGUCAAUGAUUUGUCAUUUCCGAAUACUUCAUUAGCCUUUGUGGCUGGCGAGGGAAUCAAAGCCUUGACCAACCAUGGCACUGUCAACAUCAGCACCCACUGGGAAAUCGGAUCUCCACUUUUCCAAGAUAUAGGAGAAGCUGAUCUGUUUCUCUCUGGAGUUUACUUUACUGGCAUCAUUCUCCUGACCCGAAAUGACUUUGGUCACCCAGCCCUUAAGCUCCAAGACUGCCAUGCCCAAGUGAGCCAUGCCCACGUCUCAUUUUCUGGAGGACUCAGUGUCCUAUAUAACUCCUUUGCUGAGCCCAUGGAGAAACCCAUUUUAAGGAACAUAAAUGAAAUGCUGUGUCCUAUUAUCUCAAAUGAGGUGGAAGCACUCAAUAUCAACCUCACUGCACUGGAGGUUUUAACCAAGAUUGACAACUAUACUCUCCUGGAUUGUUCCCUAAUCAGUUCUCCAGAAAUUACUGAGCACUGUCUUGACCUGAAUUUGAAGGGCGCAUUCUACCCCCUGGAAAACCUCACUGAUCCCCCCUUCUCACCAGUUCCUUUUGUGCUCCCAGCACUUAGGGACUCCAUGCUCUACAUCGGAAUCUCUGAGUAUUUCUUCAGAUCAGCCUCCUUUGCUCAUUUCACGGCUGGGGCUUUCAGUGUCACACUCUCCACCAAGGAGAUUUCCCACCAAUUUGUUCAAAACUCUCAAGGUCUUGGCAAUGUGCUCUCCCGGAUCGCAGAGAUAUACAUCUUGUCCCAGCCAUUCAUACUGAAGAUCAUGGCCACAGAGCCUCCCGUGAUCAACUUACAGCCAGGCAACUUCACCCUGGACAUCCCUGCCUCCAUUAUCAUGCUUACCCAGCCCGAGAACUCAACUAUGCAACACAUCGUCUCCAUGGACUUCGUUGCUAGUACCAGUGUUGGCUUGGCUAUUUUGGGACAAAGACUGAUCUGUUCCUUGUCUCUGAACAGAUUCCGCCUCUCUUUGCCAGAGUCUAAUCGCAGUGAUAUUAAGGUCUUGAGGUUUGAGAAUAUUCUGUCCUCCAUUCUUCACUUUGGAGUCCUCCCACUGGCCAACACCAAAUUGCAGCAAGGAUUUCCUCUUCCAAACCCACACAAAAUCUCAUUCGUCAAUUCAGAUAUUGAAGUUCUUGAGGGUUUCCUUUUGAUUUCUACUGACCUGAAGCAUGAAAUGUCCUCAAAGCAACAACCAAGUUCCCAUAGCUGGGGAAGUUUGAACCUAAUAAGUGGACGGUGGAGGGAGAAGCCAGCCUCUUGA